AAUCAGAACCAGGACCAGAACCGGGACCGGGACCAGCACCAGGACCAGAACCGGGACCAGAACCAGCACCGGUACCAGCAGCGGCUCCGGGUGUGCUCCCAACUCCAGGAGAGCAGCCAGCACCCGCGAACCGGAACCGCUACCGGAACCGGGACCAGAACCUGGACCAGAACCGGGACCGGAACCGGGACCGGAACCGGGACCAGAACCGGCACCAGGACCCACUGGGACUGGGACGAGAACCAAGACCAGGACCAGAACCAGAACCGGGACCAGAACCGGCACCAAUAUCCGCACCAGGACCCGCACCGGAACCAGGACCAGAACCGGAACCAACCAGAAUGGCGGAAACCGGGACCAGGACCAGACCCAGCACCAGGACCCGCAUCAGAACCAGGACCAGGACCCGCACUGGAACCGGGACCGGCACCAGGACCCGCACCAGAACUGGCACCGGGACCAGGACCCACCGGGACGGGGGAACCAGAACCAGAACCGGCACCUGGACGCGCACCAGAACCGGAACCAGAACCGGCACCAAGACCCGCACCGGGACCAGAACCUGGACCAGAACCAGCACCAGGACCCACACCAGAACCGGCACCAGCACCGGGACCCACCAGGAUGGGGGAACCAGAACCAGAACCAGCACCACAACCGACUGGGAUGGGGGGAACCGGGACCAGGACUGGCACUGGGACCGGGAUUGACCGGGAUGGGGGGAACCUGAACCAGGACCAGAACCGGGACCAGAACCAGUACUGGAACCUCAAAUCCCACUAG